CACAGCUCUGGCUGAGGCUGCCUCCUGUCCUCACAGUGCAGGAGCUGUUGGUUGGUUGGAGAGGUGGUGUUCGGCACUGGAGAAAGAAAGAGUUGACUUGGACUUUCGGGAGCUGUUGGACCCCGACACUGAAUUUGUAUUUAUAAACAGUCUGGGCCUGAUUUGGACUGUAGAAAAUUCCCCAUUGAAGGUUUGGUUCUAGCCGUAUCAACGAGGACCUGACCAUGGAGCAGGGCAGGGAGGCCCACUGCUCUGCUGAGGAGACCUUCACCACUGACUAUAAGAUGAUGAUGACCCUGGGCCAAGGACUGUUUUCAGAGGUCAAAUUGGCCUUUCACGUGCCCACAGUAUCCUGUGUGGCUGUAAAAAUUCUUAGAAACAAGAAGAAGUAUGCCUCAUUUAUCAACAGUGAAAUCAGCAUCAUGAAAUCCCUUACCCAUGCCAACAUAAUUAAAUUGUUUCAUGUGGUCCACACCAGAGAGACCACCUACCUGGUGAUGGAGCAUGCAUCAGAGGGAGACCUCCUGCAUCAUAUCCUGGAACUGGGGUCCUUAGAGGAGAGGGAGGCUCGAAGGUUGUUUAUCCAGAUAUUGCAUGCAGUGCAGUACUGUCACGAUAACUCUAUUGCUCACAGAGACAUUAAGGCUGGGAACAUCCUCCUGGACUGCAGGGGUAAUGCCAAGCUGGGCGAUUUUGGCCUUUCGGCUAAGGUCAUCCCUGAGCAGAAGUUUAGUGGUUUCUGCGGUACUCUAUAUUACUGCGCCCCAGAACUCUUUGGAGAGGAGGCCUAUGAUGGCCGUGCCACUGAUAUUUGGAGUUUAGGUGUGCUCCUCUUCCUCAUGGUCGCCGGGUACUUUCCCUUCAGAGCUAGCUCUGUUGCAGGGGUGAAACAGCAGAUCCUUGCCGCAAACUUCAAGGUGCCUCCACAUGUUUCCAUCGACAUUUUCAAUGUCAUCGUCGAACUGCUGGUCAUCAACCCCGGCAGGAGGCCCACCAUAGGCCAAAUCAUGAGGCGCCCCAUGGUCAGGAACAGUGAGGCUCGGUCACCGCCUACCUCCACCCAGUCUCUCCCAGGCACCCCGAGCCCUAGCAUUGUCAAGGCCAUGACAGUCAUGGGGUAUAAAUCUGAAGAAAUCAUUGAGUCUCUGAGAGACCAGAAAUACAACCAGGUGAUGGCCACUUACCUAAUUCUACAGCACCAGUUACCUGGGGGAGACUGCUACCAUCACCAGGAGAAACCCGUGAGAACCAUGCAGCCAGGCCUUGUCCUCAACCUGGCAGAUCUUCACACUUUCCCUGUGUCCUUGGGGAGAGCUACCGAGCCUGCUCCCCCCACCUUCACCUUGCCAUCGAAGACCAAGGAGAAAGAUGAGAAGAAGGCCAGGCAGGGUGGCACAAGCCACAGCAUGCCUGCCGCUCUGUUCUGCCAGCCAGAGAGGAUGUACCCUCCUUAUCUAUCCCAGCUGUUCUGUCCUGAGACUGAUUCCUUCACAAGCAGCAACCUGGAAAGCAUUGAGUAUUUCACACAGUCCGAGAUUAGGUCAUUCAGUGAUCACAUGACCAGUGUCCAGCCACCUCUCUUUCUGUACACCUCCUCUCCUACGCCACACCAGAGACAGACUAGAGGUGACACAGACAACAUGUCCUCCUGCAGUCCCCAAGAGGAACUCUGGAGCUCCCAGGAGGCAUCUCACUAUUUAACCCUCACAGGCUCCUCUUCUCAGGAUACAUUGCAGGAAGAGACCAUAACCCAGUAUGAGGCUAUCACCCAUGAUGCAACCUUGACACAGGAUGAGGCCAUCACCCAGGAAACCACCUUGACCCAACAAGGGACCAUGAACCAGGAAGGAACCAUGACCCAGAAUGAGGCCAUCACCCAUGAUGCUACCUUGACCCAGGAAAUGACCAUGAACCAUGAAGGGACCAUGAUCCAGGAUGAAGCCAUAUCACAGAAAGCGAUCAUGACCGAGGAAGCAAACAUCAUGAUCGUAGAGGCCAUCAUUCGGGAGGCAAACAUCAUCCUAGAAGCCACCAUGACCCAAGUUGAGACCAUCACCCAGGAAGAGGCUAUGACCCAGGCCAUGACCCAGGAAGUGAUCAUCACCCAUGGCCAGCCCCAGGAUGCAGGCCCAGCUUCUUCCCGAACCCGGAGGCGCUACAGCUGGAAGAGGGUCAAGAAAACAAUUGUGAACUGCUUCAGAAACCUCUGUUGCUGCUGCCUGCCUCCUGCAGAGAGAGGCCAUGCCUCCCGCAACAACCUGGCUCCACAGGGAAGGGAUCAUGGAGUCACCCCCAGAACCAGUCCUCAAGAGGUCAAGCCCCAGCUCCAUGGCUUGUGAGCCACGGGUUGGGGACCGGUCUGGCUGAGAAUCGGACAGCCCCACGGGGAGCCAGGCCGGAUGUGCGGGAGGCAGUGUGGACACAGGCCCCUCCUGCAGAGGAAGAGCUGUCCACCCCAGCGCAGAUCUCUCCAGGCCACCAUUCCCACUCGGAACUGCAUUCUGCACUCAUUACCACGUGCCACACCAUGAGGGAAUGAUAGGUGUCAUGAUAUGGAUCGAACCAAAAGCCCUUAUGAAGGGGCAGCAACCUGCUGGGGGCCUUCCUCGUGCCAGCCCAAGUCUGCACUCAAAGGGCAUAUCCCUAAGGUCACUUGUUCUUAUACAGAUGACCUAGUCUUUUUACUGAGAGUCUUUUGAAGUACCACAAGCUGAGCUGUAUCCGGAUGCCGUUCUUCUUCUGAAGCAUGUGAGCUGUGAUCUGGGCAGGAGGGAGGGAAAGGAGGCUGUCCCAGUCCCAUGCCCUCUCAAGGACACUCAGCUCCGUGGGACAGGAUGGAAGGCACAAGCCUCAACCAGCCCAUGUCCAGACCUGCAGAUGAUGACACUAUGAAAUGGAGCCUCACCCCCACUGCUCGAAGGUUUAGUCCCCUCACCCCUCGGGAGAUCUCAUACCCCUCAAUUUAGCCAGUUCUAGGGAGUUUGUGCAUUUUUCUUAAGACUAGAUGCCAGAGCCAGGGUGAAGGUGUAUGCCUGUAAUCCCAGGACUCUGGAGGCUUAGUCAGGAGACUAGCCAUAAAUUCAAGGCCAGCCUGGGCUAUAUAAGGAGCAGUAGUCUAUCUAGCUUUGGUGACACUGUGAAAUCUCUCUCUCUCUCUCUCUCUCUCUCUCUCUCUCUCUCUCUCUCUCUUUCUCUCUCUCUCUCUCUCUGUCUAACACAGAAAGUGAACAACAGGACUAGUGUUCCGUGUGCCUUGCAUGCACACUGGUUCUUGGCCCUGGGUUCUUGCCCAGCAUAAAAUAAAACCAGGUGGAGCAUGCUGGGAAUCCCAGUAUUGGAGGGUGGAGACAAGAGGAUCUGGUGGUCAAGGUCAUCUUCCAACAUGGAGAGUUGGAGGUCAGUCUAGGAGGAAUGACAUUCUAUUUUAAAAGCAAACAACCCCUACCCCCAAAUCUUAAUGUCCAAAUCUGAGAAAACAGUGUCAUGGCAGCCCAUAACAACCACCUAUUCCAUGUGAAUCAGAAGACCUUUCUGAUAGAGAGAAGAAAGUUGGGCAUCUGGAUGUGCAGUGCAGUAAUUUUUUUCCCUGUGACUCACAUCUGGAAUUGACCUGAGCAUUGAGUUCAUCUCCUGUGCACAGCACUGAAGAGCUGUUCAACAAAUACUUCCCGCUGGCCCUGUGGGAGGCACUGGGGAGCUGUGUAAGUAGUGCUCCCUGUUGAUCCUGUCGGGGGCAGUCAGGAGGAAGGUUUGGAGAGCAUGGAGACCCCCACCUGUGCCAAUAGGAAAGGCAGGAAGGCUGCUGGCCCUGCAACCUGUCAGAAACUCUGGUGUUGUGCUGCCCCCUUGUGGCACUUCUAUACCAGUUCCGCGUUGGUGCACCUGCUUGGAGGAGGUCCCUGCUUCAACUGGUGCCAACCACUGGGGUGGUUGGGUGGGUUUGUGGGUGGGUGGGGGUAGGCUUGCACCGCUAUACCCAUCUAACAUGAUUUUGUCCUUCCGUCUUUCAUUCCUUUUCCCCGUUAUCAUAAUAAAGGAACAAAAUACCCUUAAUAUCUCUGCUGACCAGGAGAUGGCCUUGAAGAAACUGCAUAGACACACACUGCUGUUCCUGGCCCUGUUUAUUAGGCGAGACAACUGGGCAGUGAGUCAAGAGUGUAAAUCGACACUCUUACCGAGAUUCAGAAGCACAAGAGGACCGGGACAGUGACUGUCUGUUUUCACAUUGCCUGCUUUCCCUGUGAGACAGGGUUUCUCUGUUUGGCCCUGGCUCUGUAGACCAGGCUGGCCUUGAAUUCACAGGUAUCUGCCUUCCUCUCCGACCCGAGUGCUGGAAUCAAAGGCAUGCUCCACCACCACUUCCAUUUGAUGAAGGUGCAUCAAUCUCGCUGGCCUUGAGAAAGCCCGUGUCCAAAACACAAUGUGUACAGCAUCUGUGAAUUGACAUUUGAGGGAAUACAUGUGCUACAUACCUACAAGUUGGAGCAUACACGUGUAUGUAUUCAAGGACACACAUGUACAAGCACACAAGUGUAAACAUAUAAUGUGUGAGUGAUCUGCACACACACUGAAGUAAUAAUAGUGAUAAAGAAGCACAAAGUUACUUGAAGAACCAGGUAGCUUUUUGGAAGACCUGACCUUCUGUGCAGGAGCAUCCUAGUCGGCAAGACCUAGGAGAAUGAGACAGAGUGAUGCUGCUGAGAACACUGGGGUGGUCCUCUCUGGAUGCUCUAUGGUUGAUAGAGCCCAGCAAGCCAAGAUUUGGGGACUCUUAUUACUGCUGAGUAGAUUCCAGUUGGUGGGCUGACAAGGUGAUCCCAGCUUUGUUAGCACUGUAGGUCACCUGGAUGUCUCACCUUUCUAUAGCAUGAGACGAGGCGCCUCUCGGAAGCUGAGGAGGAUGGCCCUGCACUCAGGAGCAAAGGCCACCUUGAUCAAUUCUACUGACAUUAAUGCCCCCUCUCCCAAAUCAUUGCAAUAUGUUUUCUAUGUUGGAAAUAAAAUGGCAUUGUUAAAUGA